AUGGAGGAGGCCCGCGGUGCCGCAGCGGAGGGCUCUGGGCUGGAAUCGGGCUCCGGUGAACAGGGUGUGAGCAGAGUUCCACCGCAUCUUCCUGUGGAGAUGAUAGAGGCAGAGAGCGGGAACGGCAGUGAGGAGGAAGAGUCUGUUCAUCUGGAGGACCAAAAAGAGACGUUUCCCCCAGCAGAAAGCGGCGGCUACGGAGCUACGGAGCUGUCUGUUGGUUCUGCAGAAGGAAAAUCUCCUGAGACUUUCUUGGACAAAGUGGAAUUAGACAGUUGUCCUCCCGGACUGGGUGACAUGGAGCAGCCCCUAACAGACAGAGGAAGCCCCUCCCUCCCCCCGGGAGCUCCUCCAGGGGCAGCGGCAGUGGAGUUGAGCAGCUGCGCAGAGUCAGAGUCUGCCGCUGGGCAAUUUGGUCAGCUCACUGGUGAGGAGGAGUGCCAGCAGCAUGGAGCUGAGGAACAGGAAACAAGCAGAAGAAGUGAAGAAACAGAACUGGUUGUCUUGGAUCCAGAACACCCUCUGAUGAAAAGAUUCCAGGCUGCCCUGAGGAAUUACCUUACCAAGCAGAUGGAAAAAGUGAACCUGGAACUUCAGGAACUGAGGACGGCAGCGAGGAAGGGCAGAGUACAGAGAGAAGAGCUUGGGGUGAUUCUUUACGGGGCACAGCAGCAGCUGGCGCGUCUGCAGCUGGAGCUGGAGAAGAGCCACGAGCGCCGCUCGCAGGCGGCCGCAGCCCGCCAGCAGCUGGAGGAGGAACUGGAGGGCCUCAGGCUGACUCACAAGAAAAUGUGUCACAACACGGAUGAGGAACGCAAGAAAGUUUCUGCAAUGCAGACUCAGGCUGAAAACCUGGCCUUGCAUCUCUUCUACAUGCAGAAUAUGGACGAGGAUAUGCAUCAUAAUAUUUUACUAAUGAAACAGUCGACAAAGAAGGCUGAGGCAGAGAAGGUCCACGCUGAGGUGGAAAAGAAAAAGCAGGAUCUUUUACUAGACCGCUUAACGAGAAAAGUCCACGAACUACAAGAACAAGUCGCUCUGUUUGAAGCCCAGCUUGUGGCCCAGGCAGAGGACACAAAAGUAACUCGGCAAGCAGUAAAUGAGGCUUGUGCAGAGGUGCAGGCUAUUAACAUGGAGAAGAAGCGACUGAUGAACCACUGGAACAGCAGCUUGGCUGGAAUGAAGCAGAGAGAUGAGGCCUAUAUUGCUGCACAAGAACUGCUGAGCAAGUACAGACAUGACCUCAAGUCGCUAGCAAUGGACAUCCACGGCUGUAGAAAGUCGAUCAGGAAGGAGGAGGAGAAGAAUGAGCUGCUUGUCACCGUCCUGAGCCGUUCCGAGAACGACGCCAACACAACAAAGAAGCUGCUCGCCCGGUGCCUUUCGCAGCAGGAGGCCUUGAAGGCUGAAUCUGGCACCUACACUCGUGUCCUCCAUGAGACGGAGCAGGCCCUCAGCAGGACCAAGAUGGAUCAAGCUGCUCGUCUGAAUGAGUUGCUGUCCAUCAGUGAGGAUAUAGAGAAGGGAACGGAUGCCAACGCGCAGCUGGAGAAUGAAAUCAUGGCAAAGGUUCAGGACCAGAUGGUGUCCAGCAAAGCCACAAAGCACUUCUCACAGCUGGCUGCAAAACUCCGUAGGAGGAAAACAGAUCUGGAGCUGCAUUUUUCCAAGGCUGAGAAUGAUACGGCCCAGGUUCUUCUGACUGCGGCUCAUACCAGCUGCAGGCUGACAAUCCUCCAAAAAACACUUUGUGAGCUGGACAAGGAAAUCAAAAAUGUCCGUGAUCUGAUCAGCCACAGUGAAAGCGAGAUUGCAAAGUGCAGUCUCCUGACUGAGAGCAAGCGGCGGGUCAUCAGCCAGUACAACAAGAGGUUGGAGGCCAUUCUUUCUCAGCAGGGGGGGCAAGAAUUGGGACCACUGGAAAUUGAGAUCAACAAGUUAACCAGGGAGGUAGAAGAGUGUAAUUCUGAGGUGAUGACACUGCAGAAAUACUGGCUGAAUCAGCAGAAAGAGCUGGUCAAGCUAACGCACGCACGGGAGGAACAGCGAGCCUCCCUGGAUAUGUUAAAGAAGCAGGUCACAGUAAUGCAGCAGAAGAAAGUGCGCACUGAAAAUAAAAUUCAGCAGGAAACAAAAGAACAGAAGGACAUCGAGCAUCACAUGAAGAACAUGUCGAAUGACUUGAUAAAGUUAAAUGUGUUGAUCAACAAGAACAACAGCAGCUUCGAGGAGCUGCGGCACGGCAACAUGAUCACAGAGAACGAGUUUGUGCGCUCUCUCAAGGCAGCAGAAAGAGAAUCAGUUGAGAUGCAAGAGAGGCACAGUCAGUUGAGUGAGGAGAAGGACAGACUCCUGAACUGCCUGCUGGAAGCAGAGCAUCAAAUCAUGCUGUGGGAGAAGAAGAUCCAACUGGCAAGAGAGAUGCGUGCAGCGGUGGAUUCCGAGACAGGACGAGGCGAGGUCCAAGCCAUGAGGACAGAGAUUCAUAGGAUGCAGGUCCGCUAUGGCCAGCUGAUGAAGCAGCAGGAGAAGAUGAUUCGUGAUAUGGAGGCAUCUGUUUCUCGUAGAGAGGCGAUAGCGGUUCGUGGGGAGGGUCAGAACAAAACAGAUAAGAAACGGAUCACCAAGAGGGACUUCCACCGCGAGAGAGAGGAGCUGAGAAAGAAGAUCAGGGAAACGCAGAAGACCACUGAAGGCUGCAACAAAACCCUCCUGGAGCUGGAGAGCUCCCAGGCGUCCCUGAGCGCCGCCUUCUCGGCAAAGCAGCAGGAGCUGCUCAGGCUGCAGGCCGAGUCCCACGGCCUCGACGCGGACGCGGAGCGGCUGCGGGAGGAGAAGCAGUGGGCCCUCCUGGAGCUCGUGGCCUACCAGACUCGCCAGAAGCACCUGCAGGCCCUGAAGGACGGGACCUACGCUCCGCUCUGCCGCACGGAGCAGGCCCGCAGGGCCAAGGCGCAGGCGCUGCGGGCCCGGCUCGGGGCCAUCGCGGCCAUCGCGGCCCGGGCCCAGCGGGAGCCGCGGGCGAGCGGCCGAGCCGCCUCUGCGCUCUACGGGGUGCGGGUCAGCCCGGAGCCCUUCGGCCUCCUCGUCUACCGGCAGCGCGGCGGGCGGGUGCUGCUCAACACCACCGUCGCGCCCCUCUUCUUCGCAGACCAGUUCCUGCAGAUCUCCACCUCCUUGCCCUCCCGCUUCAUUUCUGGGCUGGGGGAGCACCUGACGCCGCUGGUCCUCAACACGACGUGGACCAGGGUCACCCUCUGGAACCGGGACAUGGCGCCCGCGCCCCAGGUCAACCUCUACGGCUCCCACCCUUUCUACCUGGGGAUGGAGGACGAUGGGUCGGCUCAUGGCGUCUUUCUGCUGAACAGCAACGCGAUGGACGUGCUCCUGCAGCCCAGCCCGGCCCUGACCUGGCGCACAACGGGCGGGAUCCUCGACUUCUACGUCUUCCUGGGCCCUGACCCCAAGAGCGUGGUGCGACAGUACCUGGAUGUCAUCGGGUUCCCCUUCAUGCCCCCGUACUGGGGCCUGGGCUUCCACCUCUGCCGCUGGGGCUACUCCUCCACCGACAUCACCCGGCAGGUCGUGGCCAACAUGACGGCAGCUCGCUUCCCCCUGGACGUGCAGUGGAAUGACCUGGACUAUGCGGAUGCCAAGAGGGAUUUCACCUUCAACAAGAAAAGCUUCAAGGAUUACCCGGAGAUGGUGCGGGACUUCCACCGCCGCGGGCUGAGGUACAUCAUGAUCGUGGAUCCUGGGAUCAGCAGCUCGGGGCCUCCCGGCACCUACAAACCCUAUGACGAGGGACUGAAGCGAGGGGUGUUCAUCCGAAACGCCACGGGGCAGCCCCUGAUCGGGAAGGUCUGGCCCGGUCCGACGGCCUUCCCGGACUUCACCAACCCAGAGACUCACGAGUGGUGGCACGACAUGGUGAAGGACUUCCAUGACCAAGUGCCCUUCGAUGGCAUGUGGAUCGACAUGAACGAGCCAUCCAACUUCGUGGAGGGCUCCCAGGACGGCUGCCCCAACAACAGCCUGGAGCAGCCCCCCUACGUGCCAGGGGUGUUUGGCGGGCGGCUCCAAGGCGGCACCAUCUGCGCCUCCAGCCAGCAGUACCUGUCCUCCCACUACAACCUGCACAGCCUCUACGGGCUCACCCAGGCCGUCGCCUCCCAUGACGCGCUGCUGAGGGUCCGGGGCAAGCGGCCCUUCGUCAUCUCCCGCUCCACGUUCUCUGGGCACGGGCGCUACGCAGGGCACUGGACUGGGGACGUCGGCAGCAACUGGGAGCAGCUCUACUACUCCAUACCAGAGGUGCUGCUCUUCAACCUCUUCGGGGUGCCGCUGGUGGGUGCCGACAUCUGCGGCUUCGCGGGCGACACAUCGGAGGAGCUGUGCGUGCGCUGGACCCAGCUGGGCGCCUUCUACCCCUUCAUGAGGAACCACAACGACCAUGGCGCCCGGCCGCAGGAGCCGUACGCCUUCAGCCCCGCCGCCCAGGCUGCCAUGAGGAAGGCCCUCUGCCUCCGCUACUCCCUCCUGCCCUUCCUCUACACCCUCUUCCACCGGGCUCACUCCGCCGGGGAGACGGUGGCACGGCCCCUCUUCCUCGAGUUCCCCAAGGACCCCAACACCUGGGCCCUGGACCGCCAGCUGAUGUGGGGCGGGGGGCUGCUCGUCACCCCAGUGCUGCAGCCAGGAACCACCAAAGUCAGCGGCUACUUCCCGGCGGGGACGUGGUACAGCCUCGCAGGGGUGGGGCUGGACCUCGUGCCGCUCUGUGUGACGUUCCUGCUCUGCCUCUGGGAGGUCCAGUACGGCAUCGUGGCCGGGGUGCUGGUCUCGGGGGUUCUCCUGCUCUACUCCAUUGCCAGGCCCCCGGUUAAGGUGUCGGAGGGGGACGCGCUGCUGGUGCAGCCGGGGAGCAGCCUGCACUUCCCGGCCGUCGAGCGCCUCCGGGACACCGUCUGCAGCCGCGCUCUGGCAGCAGCGUCCCCACCGCGCUCCGUCAUCCUGGACUGUUGCCACGUCAGCAGCAUCGAUUACACGGUGGUGGUGGGGCUGGCAGAGCUGCUGCGGGACCUGCGCAGAGAGAAGAGAGGGGAAGCUGGCUCCAGUCCCUGA